GGUAUAUAUUUGAACCAACAAACCUGUACCAGGUUUGUGCGAAAAGAAUCUAUCUUCAAUCUAGAUUCAGGGGAGAGGUCGCGUGGAAGGAAGACGCCCUUUUGAAACGUCGAGCUAUAUUAAUGGCGUCGUUCUCGGAAGCCCCGCCAGGAGAUCGGAAAGCUGGAGAGAAGAUCUUCAAGACAAAGUGCGCGCAGUGCCACACGCCGGAGAAAGGUGCAGGACACAAGCAAGGUCCUAAUUUGAAUGGCUUGUUUGGAAGGCAAUCUGGUACUACUAGUGGAUAUUCCUACUCCACAGCAAACAAAAAUAUGGCUGUAAUUUGGGAAGAGUCUACUUUAUAUGACUAUUUGCUUAAUCCUAAGAAGUACAUCCCUGGCACAAAGAUGGUGUUCCCUGGUCUGAAGAAGCCGCAGGAACGUGCAGACCUUAUUGCUUAUCUCAAGGAAGCUACCAAUUCUUGAACUCUAGAAAGAAUGAGAUAUAUUCCUCAACAUGAUUUUUUUUUUUACAAUGCUAAUAAUAAGAACACACUAAACGCUCCUGUUAGCAUUGGAGCUGUAACUUUUUUGUCCAUUUCCCAUUCAGUAGCAAUUUGUGACAUGCUAAGUUAUAUUUUGAUGCUACACAUUUUUUUUUAAAAUUUUUGCUAAGUUGUGACGCCGAGCUGUUGGAGAAAAUAUCACGUCUGGUCAACCGGAUGUGCGGCUGAGGGCAUGAAUCGCACAACAGCGUGCGUAGGGUUACAUGGUGCAAUCUACUCUAUCGUCUGUACGUUAGUCAUCCGGACCUAAUAUUUUCUCUAGUUCUUGGCCCUAUUAUUGCUAUAACUUUUUUUUU